UGGGCUUGGUCCCGCCGCUCUGGGCCGGGGGUCCUGCUCCGGGGGAGCUGUUCCCGCUGGCCAUCCCGACCCAGGGCUCCGGGGUCCAGACCGGGGCCGCCAAGCGAACUCUGAGCCCCAUGGUGACGGGCACCUCCGUCCUGGGGCUGAAGUUCGACGGCGGGGUGAUCAUCGCCGCCGACACGCUGGGCUCCUACGGGUCACUGGCCCGAUUCCGCAACCUCUCCAGGAUCAUGAAGGUCAACGACAGCACCGUCCUGGGCUCCUCCGGGGACUAUGCGGACUUCCAGUACCUCAAGCAGGUCCUGGAGCAGAUGGUGAUUGACGAGGACCUUUUGGGCGACGGCCACAGUUACAGCCCGAAGGCCAUUCACUCUUGGCUGACCCGAGUCAUGUACAACCACCGCUCCAAGAUGAAUCCUCUCUGGAACACGGUCGUGAUCGGUGGCUAUUCGCACGGGGAAGGUUUCUUAGGUUACGUCGACAUGCUGGGAGUGGCGUACGAAGCUCCUUCGUUGGCAACCGGAUAUGGGUCUUACGUGGCGCAGCCACUCAUGAGGGACGCCCUGGAGAAGACACCCGUCCUCUCUCAGCAGGCGGCUAGAGCACUCAUUGAGCGUUGCAUGAGGAUCCUCUACUACAGGGACGCCCGCUCGUUCAACCGGUAUGAGAUCACCACCGUAACCGAGAAAGGCGUGGAAGUGGAAGGGCCCCUGUCCUUGGAGACCAACUGGGACAUCGCUCACCUCGUCAGCGGCUUUGAAUGAAAUUGAAGACGUCCUAGGCCAGUUUUGUAUUUGUUGAAGACAGAGCCCCAAAGAAAGCCCUUGUUAUACUAUACUGCAGAAGCCAGCCUUUAAUAAAAAUGGUUGACUGCCUUCUACAACU